CAUCGAGGACCGGCACGGACGCCAAAAUGCUGCUUGCAGUACGGAGCGUUCAACCGCUGCUCCGUUCUUGCCCCUUCUCCACAGCCCUAAUGCCCUUCGUCCGCCCUUGCCACGAUCACAGAGUCGCCUUCAGCAGCGCGACCGUCCUAUCUGCCAGCGGCCAGCCGCACCCGUGGACCGGCCUCCAGUCUUGGCGCGAGGCCCCGGCCAACGAGGACCGCGUCUGGGGACCCCACGGCCCGUCGCCUCCCCCGACCCCUCCUCUCGAACCGGAUCUCACCACCAUGACCGCCGCCUCGCUCGCCGAGUGCGCCGUCUUGGUCCUCUCCUCCUCCGACCCCCUCGCAAAGUCCACCCUCUCCCACCUGGCCUACACACGGUGGUGCCGCCGCGAGAUCCUCGUCGGCACAGCCUCGACCCCCAAUCGUCCAGCCCGACCCGAUAGGCCCCUCCUGGUACCACCGAAAGAGGUGCCCUCGCACAAAAGUUCGGGAUUGCCUCUCAAUGCUUAUAUGCUCCAUAAUUUGGCUCACGUGGAGCUGAACGCCAUAGACCUGGCAUGGGACACUGUGGUUCGCUUCUCACAUUUGAGGGACGAGCUCGGUGACGAGUUCUUCGCGGACUUCGCUCGCGUGGCCGACGACGAGAGCCGACAUUUUGCUUGGUGCUCUCAGAGGCUCAAUGAGCUCGGCUUCAGAUAUGGGGACAUGCCUGCCCACAAUUUUUUGUGGAGGGAGUGUGAGAAAUCCUCCGAAGAUGUUGCUGCUCGCUUGGCAGUAAUUCCACUAGUUCAGGAAGCUAGAGGUCUAGAUGCUGGACCAAGGCUUGCCCAGAAGUUGGUCGGUUUCGGAGAUCACAGGACAUCACACAUAGUGGCUAAGAUUGCCGAGGAAGAACUGGCACAUGUUGCGGUUGGAUUGUACUGGUUUCUCCAAGUUUGCAAAAAAAUGGGCCGUAUCCCUCGUGCUAUUUUUAAGGACUUGUUGGAGGAGUACGGUGUGGAGUUGAAAGGUCCAUUCAAUUAUGCAGCUCGUGAUGAAGCUGGCAUUCCUCGUGAUUGGUAUGAUGGUGAAUCUGAACAGGAGGCAAAGAGUGAACUUUCAGAGGUGCAUGAUAGGCUGGCUUGCAUCGUAGCUAUGGAGAGAGAGAAUUCAGAAUCGAACAGCUAAUCUCUUUGCCAUUAAUUGUCUUGUGCAGUGAUGAAUUAGGGUACAACCAGUCAAGUUGCUGCCCUCCUGAUUGAUUGGGUGACAGGUUAUUAUUCCUUCAGCAACUACUGGCCCGUAUUUAGUUUUGCUUUGACCUCGUGAUAGGUUGUUUUCUUUUACCCUGAAUGACUUGGUUUUUGAGUUCUUCUGACAUUGCAAGCACCACAGCAUUCAAGCACAAGAUAACUGAUUGUUGUAUUCAUGGUAGAAAUGUUUACGAAGCAGAGAAAAAAAGGGAAACACUUUUCUUCUUCUGUCUUGUAGAUUUUAAAAAGUGCAUGCAUUUAGAAAUAUAAACAGCAAACAAUUUCAUUUUUGCAAUAAUCGGCAUCUCUCCGCCAUUUUUA